AUGUCUCUCGACCUGGAAAAGCACCUCGUCUUUUAUGGCACCUACCAUCAUAACAAAACCAAUGUCGUCGUCCACAUGAUCUGUGUGCCAUUGAUUCUUUUUACUGGCUUCUGGAUGGCCUCCAAUUCCCCCACACUCAUUCCCCUACCGUCCUGGCUGACGGUUCCGAACUUGCCCCUCAACCUCGGCACGCUCGCCGCCAUCACCUGGGGUUCUCUCUAUGUUCUGUUAGAACCCGUCGCCGGCACGGCCCUCGCGCUUCUCUGCCUCGGCGGCGCGGCCGCCGGCAACUACGCCCUCUCUCACUUUGACGCCCACGCCAUCAUGACCUACGCGGCAGCUACACACAUCGCUUCAUGGAUCUUGCAGUUUAUCGGCCACGCGAAGUUUGAGCGCCAGGCGCCCGCGCUACUGGACAACCUGUUCCAGGCCAUCUUUCUGGCACCGCUGUUUGUGUGGCUGGAGCUGCUGUUUGCCUUUGGCUAUCGGCAGGAGCUGCAGGGCCGCGUGGAGCGCGAGGUGCAAAAGGAGAUUGCUAAGUUCCAGGCGAGCAAGGCUGUGGCCAAAGAUCACAAGAACGGCAAGGUCCAGUAA